AUGUCUGCAGCUGGACUUCCCAGGCUGCCUCGCAACAUCCGGGCGCUGAAGGAUGGCAAUACCAAGAUUACUGGCCGUAACGUCGUCGUGUGUCUGGACGGUACCGGCGAUAAGUUCGACUCGGACAAUAGCAACAUCGUCCAUUUCGUCAGCUGCUUGAAAAAGUCCGACCCCAGCCAGAUCACGUACUAUCAGAGUGGUAUCGGCACUUACGAUGGGGGAGGACUCUCCAACGGUAUCCGGGCUGGACUAGACAUGGCUGUGGGUAGCGGUCUGGGUGUCCACGUCUGCGAUGCCUACAAGUUCCUCAUGGAGAAUUAUCACGAAGGUGACCGGAUCUGCAUCUUUGGCUUCUCGCGUGGAGCAUAUACUGCUCGGUGUCUUGGCGGGAUGGUCCACAAAGUCGGCAUCCUGCCAGCGCACAACGUCUCGCAGGUCCAAUUUGCCUACGAGUUCUACAAGGACGACACGAAGAGCGGCUGGGACAUGAGUUGUGACUUCAAGAAGACCUUCUGCGCCGAUGUCUCCGUCCACUUCAUUGGCGUGUUCGAUAGUGUCGCCAGUGUGGGCUUUAUACCGAGACGACUUCCUCUGAGCAGCACUCCGUACAAUAAAGCCGCGUACUUCCGGCAUGCUAUGGCUUUGGACGAGCGUCGGGCGAAGUUCAAGGUCUGUCGUUUUCAGACCAAAGACAACACAACUGGCGCCCAGGGCAAAUGGGAGACUGUUGCAGAGCUUCACGAGAAUGCAGCCCAAGGUCAAGGCGUGCGACGGUUUAGCUCGAAUCUGGGUACUGCUCAAUCGAGCGUUGACGGUGAGAAAGAAGGCAGCGACGAGAUAGCAGCGCCCAGGCCUCCACAACAGCGUCCAGCAGUCAAAGAAACCGAUGUACUGGAGGUCUGGUUUACUGGCGCCCACGCGGACGUUGGCGGAGGUGCAGUCAAGAACGAGGUCCGGCAUAAGCUAGCACAAGUGCCACUAAGAUGGAUGAUUCGACAGUGCUUCGAGACCAACACGGGCAUCAUCUUCAGAACCCACCGACUUGCAGAAGAAGGCAUUGACGUGCAUACAUUGUGGCCGACAUACACGCCUCAGCCGAGACCUUCAGGCGGCCCUCCGGAGGACAUUGUGCAGAAGUACAAGCAAGGCAGUAUCGCACCCAUCACUCGACGAGCGACGCUGAUCAAACCUGUUGAUGAGGAGGAUCCAGAAGGGCUUCAUCAUGUUGCAAUCUGGAAAGACGAACAGCAAAAGGAGCUAGACGAUCAAUGGACGCCAGAGUAUGUGGAGGACUGGUAUGACGCCCUGUCACCAGUCCACGACCAGCUGAAAGAUGCGAAAGGCUGGUGGAUACUAGAGUAUUGGCCGAUCAAAGUCCGCGUGCAGCCAAAAGACUCGGAGGAGUGGAUCAAGAAGGUCAGUUUUAAUCUCGGGCGGUAUCGCCCCGUACAGGAUUUGGCCCCAAACCUGCAUUGGACGGUGGAGCAGCGUAUGCGUGUGCUUGGCUACAAGACAAGAGUUCGUGUUGAUCAUAAAGGGAAGUGGAAUAUCAUUGGUUAG